GGCACUUCAACCUAGGGAUACGGCACCAACGCCGUCUGAUCUGUGCGCCGCCGCCUUGGCUUCUCCGAUACGGCCGCCGCCGGUCGACUUGGAUAUACGGGGUAGAGCGAGCAGACCAGACUGCCGCCCACCUCGCUGCCGCCAACUUGUUUGACUUCCUCGUCAACUGGUUGGACGAUUUCUUCAUGGAUCAGGGCGAUCUCCAUCGCAGGAUCAGUAGAAUUGUUCUGAAGAUAAGAAUCGAUGACUUAUUUUUGCACGGUUAUGUUGCUGAUUGUGACGCACACUCCGCUACUGUAGUAGCCUGCUCGAAAAAUAUUCCGGUGUCAUUGGUGAAUUGCACGGUCACAUUGGUUUUCCCUGACGGAAGAAAAUUUUCCCCUAAUAAGCACGAUAUCAAAAUAUGGGAUAAUGUUGCUUCAAUACAAUGUUAUUUUCCUGGAGAUGUGCUUAAUACAAAUCUCGUGCAGUCACUUGAAGUAUGCAGGACACCACUUUUAAUGUCUGAAAACAUUUAUACCUAUAGUGCAUACGAAGGUGACUACACAGGCAUCAUAACCCCUGGUUAUCUCAUUUCAAUACACGAGAACUAUUUCCACCACAACAGUUGUGCAAAUAUAUAUUCAGGAGAUGGAGCAUUGGUCAUUAACAAAAAUGGAGAAUUGGUUGGACUGUGUUGUGACUUUAACCGUUACCUAAUUUCAAUGGAUGUGCCUGCAAUCUUAGAAGUGCUUGAGAAUCAGCAAUAGUCAGUCAAAGAUUUUUGUGGCCAUCUGAUCCGCAUCGAACGCAUGUGGGCCAAGCUUUGGGAAUUUUGCAAAAAGACGCCCGUCACUGCGUCCACAUUUACACUUAACCCCUUAGUCUCUCUCUCUCUCUCUCUCUCUCUCUCUCUCUCCAACCGCCCACCUGACCCAACCAUGGAAUCACCGAUCUGCCGCUCCGAUGCCGGCGCCGUUCACCGCCAGUGCCUCUCCUGCCACCUCCUCCGCCGCAUCACCUCGCCACGCACCACCGCCACCACCUCCCAUUCCUCCUCACCGUUUCCUCCGCCCGCUCCCGUCUGUGGUGGCGCUGCCACCCACUAUUUAUUCCCCUUCCCAGCUGAUGUGCGUCACAAGAAGGUCAAAUCCGAACCUCUCCUCGAGAAACUCCAUGCCGUCUGCUGCUGGAGAGCCACCAACGAUCUCCACACCCACCCUCCCCUCCCACCACACAAGUGUUGACAUUGUUCCUUCCCCACCGUCCUCGUCAUCCCUCAUUCAGCAUCGCCAUGACAGCUCGUCUCUCCAAGUUCAUCUACCUCUCCACACCCAACCCCCUUGUCCAUCCGGGAUCACGCCGCUGCUGUCUGCCUUGAAAGGCCACCGUGGCCGUUCUUUGCUCCCCCACCCUUUCCUCCGUCUGAGCACUGCUGUCACCACUCUUCUCCGUGGCGGCGUUUCCUUGAAGGUCGCCGUCCACAGACGAAGGUCGUCAUCCAUGGUCUCCGCCACCUCCAGGAAGGACAUUGCUGCUGUUUCUCUGCAAGCGUCCACUGAUCAGAGAGGAAUGUCAGCAAGGGGGUAGCAGCAGUUGGUAGGCUCAGCCUAGGACUUGGAAACUGUAAGUUCAUUGGUCCGAUACCAUGGUAUUAGAUAUCCUUCUGCUAGAAUAGCUUAUUAAAAUGAUUUGGCAUGACUUAUACUCCCUCUGUCCCAAAAUAUAAGAACGUUUUUAACACUACACUAGUGUCAAAAACGUUCUUAUAUUAUGGGAUAGAGGGAGUAUUUCUUUAGUUGUAUUAGUGGGCAACCAUCAUGGGCAGAGUAAGGUUGUUGGAAGUUACUGAUAUUUGUGUUGUUUGCCUGACGAGGUUUCGAGGGAGGAAUUGUUGUAUGAACCGUGUAUUUAUGUACUACAUUUGUUCUUUCUUAUUUAUGGACCCAAGUUUUCCUUUCAUUCA